UUCACUAUGUUGGACUGUACGAGCCGCCUUCUUUUUAGCAUUUCUCCAUUUUUAUUCUCUUCUUCAGAUUUCUUCGAAAAAAUUCCAUUUCUUCUUCCCAAGAUGGAAAGAUCUGAAUCUCUGUCAUCUCUUACAUACAAAGGGUCAAUUCCUGAAGCAAUUCUCGAAGCUAAAACCCAGAAGAAACUUUUCGUUGUCUACAUUUCAGGUGAAGAUGAUGAGUCAAAAAACCUGGAGGACUCAACGUGGACUGACGUAAAAGUGAAAGAGUCAUUGUCAAAGUAUUGCAUUCUAGUGCAUAUCCGAGGAGGAAGUAAUGAUGCCUCAAAUUUUUCUGCUAUAUAUCCACAGAAAUCUGUUCCAUGCAUAACAGCAAUUGGAUAUAAUGGUGUGCAAGUUUGGCAAAGUGAAGGGUUUGUCAGUGCUGAAGUUCUAGCAUCCAGUUUAGAGAAGGCAUUAUUGAGUCUUCAUUUCCAGGAAACAACGGCAACAGUCCUUAGUGCUGCACUUGCUUCAAAGAAAUAUGAAUCGUCUAGUUCUGGGGCUUCUACUGUUAGCCACUUUGAUCAAGGAAAUUGUUCAAAUUCCUCUGUUCCAUCAACCACAAUGGACGAGGUUGUCCAGUCGUUGGAGUUUGGGGGUAUAGAGGAAAAUGGUGAUAAUGAAAACACUGUUAAGGAGAGAAAUCCUGAAUUGGUUGACAAGAGUAGAUCAGAAUCAUUUAACAAUGACAACUCAGCUAAUGUUGUGGAUGAACAAUGUGAUGUAUCCAAUGAAGCAACCAGGACAGUUGUUAGUUCUGUUUCUUUACAUCCAGCAGUUCCUGUAUCUGAGAAUACAUCCUCACGUCCUGAAGAUGAUUGUAUCAUCCCAGUAAAGGGCAUCGAUGAUCGGUCAAGUUUUCCCAGUGGAAGUUCACCAGUGCGUACUGCAGUAGCAGAGAAAGCCAUGCAACGUGAAAAGGAUAAAGUAUUAGAUGACAAGCAAGAUGGUGCAUCAGAAAGUACUGCAACCGCAAAUAUACCAACUGAUGUUCAUUUAAAUAUCCGAUUACCUGAUAAUAGUAGCCUACAAGAGAAGUUUCCUGUGGCAUACACUCUGAGAAGGAUUAAAGACUAUGUGGAUAGAAACCAAUCAACUGGGAUGGGCUCUUAUGAUCUUGCCAUUCCUUAUCCUCGCAAGGUAUUUGGUGAUCAAGAUUUGAGUAAAUCUUUAUUGGACUUGGGUCUGCUUAACAGACAAGCAUUGAUAGUGGUUCCACAUCAGAGAUCCACUGGUUUCCAAGGGCAAAGAUCCCUUGCAGACCAAAGAAAUUCUCCACCUACUGAAGAUUCUGCAGGAAGCAAUGGGGGAUAUUUUGCAUACAUCAAAAGCUUUUUGUCUUACGUAAAUCCUUUUUCUUAUCUUGGUGGCAGUACCAGCUCAUCAACUACUGCACAGGAAUCUCAAAGUGGCAUCUGGGAAUAUGGUCCAAAUCCUACACUGCAAAAUAACUUGGCUGGAAGAAAUAGGACGCAUUCACCCAACUUGCCGAACAGAAGCACAUCAACUGCCAGGGAUGACAGCAGGAACCGGCGACCCACGACCACCCAAUAUGGCAGCAAUAUUCAUACGCUAAAACACGAUGAAGAUGAUGGUAGAUUCAACGAUAGAAAUCCCUUCUGGAAUGGAAAUUCUACACAGUAUGGUGGUAAUAGCGAUAGCAAAUAAUCCGGGUCAGCUAGGUUAUUUAAGUUUUUGCUCCGGCAUAUUUAAAUCAAAAGCAUGAUUCUUGCUCUUAUCACAUGUUAUCUCCGACGUUUAGGAACAGAAUUGACUGUUUAUGAAUAGCGUCAAAUUCCUGGCUUGUGCAUCGCAUUGCAAUCGGAUAUCUAGUUUUCUACUUA